UUUUGUGGCAUGGUACAUCGAUGGAUUGGCUGCCUCUCACCUACCGCGCCGCGGUGUUGAUCCUCCUGUUCCUGCCGUUCGGAGCGUCCGAUGACCGGCUUGUCCCCGGCAAGCCGCUCUCCCCUGGCAGCACCAUCAUCUCCGAUGGCGGUGCUUUCGCCUUGGGCUUCUUCUCCCCAAGCAACUCCACCAGUACUCCGGCCAAGUUGUACCUUGGCAUAUGGUACAACGACAUUCCAGAGCUCACCGUGGUGUGGGUCACCAACCGAGAAACCCCGAUCAUCACCAACUCUUCCUCUUCACCAGUGCUCUCACUCACCAACACCUCCAAUCUCGUUCUUUCUAACGGCGAUGGCAGCGGCCGUGUCCUCUGGACGACAGCUAACGUGGCCGCUGCCCCAGGCUUGUCUACCCCUGUGGCGGUGCUUUUGAACACCGGCAACCUUGUUAUCCGGUCGUCAAACGGCACCACGCUGUGGCAGAGCUUCGACCACCACACCGACACAUACCUCCCAGGUAUGAAGCUUCGGGGCAAGUACAACACCCACGAUGGCGGUGACCGCCUCAUAUCCUGGAAAGGCCCCGGCGACCCCUCGCCAGGCCGUUUUUCUUAUGGAUUCGAUCCCACCACGUUCCUCCAGGUAUUCGUCUGGGACGGGAAGCACCCGGUGUUGCGCAGUGCCCCAUGGACAGGGGACCUUGUGAUGAGCGAGGGCCGAUACCAACAGGCGAAUACCAGCACAGGGGUCAUCAUGUACCAUGCCAUCCUUGACAACGACGAGGAGAUCUACAUCACAUAUAGCCUCUCCGAUGGAACCCCGCAUACUAGGUUUGUGCUGACCUACUCCGGCGAGUUCCAAAUCCAGAGCUGGAACAACAGGUUGUUGGCGUGGGAGGUCCUCGUGAAAUGGCCCACCGUUGAAUGCAGCCUAUACGGCUAUUGUGGUCCGUACGGCUACUGUGAUCUGACGGCAGCAAUCCCAACAUGCAAGUGCCUAGAUGGUUUCGAGCCGUCUAGCACGAAGGAGUGGGCGGGUGGUAGGUUCUCUAUGGGAUGCCGGCGGAAGGAGCCAUUGGGCGGGUGUGGUGAAGGUUUCUUGGCCUUGCCGGGGAUGAAGCCACCCGACAAGUUCACACUCGUCGGUGGGGGCAAGAGUACAUUCGAGGAGUGCGCAACAGAGUGCAGCCGCAACUGCUCCUGUGUGGCAUACGCACACGCUAACCUGAGCAGUAGCAGGUCUGGAGGAAACGUGACAAGGUGCUUGGUUUGGGGCGGGGAGUUGGUUGACACCGAAAAGCUUGGCGCGGUGUUUGGUAGAAACACGCUCUAUCUCCGACUUGCUGGCCUAGAUGUGACAGCUGGUAAAAGGGCAGAGAGCAAUGCAGGGAGGAUUGCGCUACCAGUUUUAGCAACUGUUCUGGUACUCCUAUUCAUAGCAUUUGCAUGGUUAAAAUUUAAAGCAGGUAAGAGUGAACAAUGGAGAAAACGCAAAAAAUUAUCAUUGGGUGAGCUUGAUGUAGGAAACCCUCCCCAUGAUCAUGAUUUUCCAUUUGUAAGAUUUGAGGAAAUUGCCAUAGCAACUCACAACUUCAGUGAAACGUGUAAGAUUGGACAUGGAGGCUUUGGCAAAGUUUACAAGGGAAUGUUAGGUGGUCAAGAAGUUGCUAUCAAAAGGCUUAGUAAGGAUUCUCAGCAAGGAACAAAGGAAUUCACCAAUGAAGUAAUUCUAAUUGCCAAAUUGCAACAUAGAAACUUGGUUCAACUCCUUGGGUGUUGCGCGGACAGGGAUGAAAAGUUAUUGAUUUAUGAAUAUAUGCCUAACAAGAGUUUGGAUGCUACCCUUUUUGGUACAUAUUCUAGGAACACACCAUCAUAUCCUAUAACAUCUCAAAACAUUCUUUUUCUUACAUUCCUUCUAUUUACAGAUGACUCAAGAAAAUUGCUACUGGAUUGGUUGACACGGUUUAAUAUAAUCAAAGGGGUCGCAAGGGGGCUUCUUUAUCUCCACCAAGAUUCAAGACUCACAAUAAUUCACAGAGACCUGAAAGCUGGAAAUGUUUUGCUAGAUGCAGAGAUGAAACCCAAGAUAGCGGAUUUUGGUAUGGCGAGGAUAUUUGGCGAUAACCAACAAAAUGCAAAUACUCAACGCAUUGUUGGGACCUAUGGCUACAUGGCUCCUGAGUAUGCAAUGGAAGGCCUCUUCUCUACCAAGUCUGAUGUAUACAGCUUCGGUGUGUUACUAUUAGAGGUUGUAACUGGUAUUAGAAGAAACUCCAAUAGUCAAACCAUGGGUUUCCCUAGCCUCAUAAUCUAUUCAUGGACUAUGUGGAAAGAAGGGCGGGCAGAGGAGUUGCCGGACUCAUCUAUCAUGGAUGCUUGUUCACUAGAUGAAGUUGUGCUUUGCAUCCAUCUAGCACUGUUGUGUGUCGAGGAGAACCCAGAUGACAGGCCACUUAUGUCAUAUGUUGUGUUCGUCCUGGAGAAUGGAAGCACCACACUUCUGGACCCCAAUCGUCCGGCCUACUUCGCGCGACGAAGAAUUGACAUGGAGCAAAUCAGAGAAGAUAUCCAGACUUCCGCAAAUAGUUUUACUCUUACUGAAAUAGAGGGGCGUUGA